AUGAAAGCGGCUGCAGCUCGCUAUGGCUUGAAGCUGCUCCCGCUUCGCACAGCUACUCCGGCAGUAGCUGCGAGCCGCCGCAGCUUUGUCUACUGGCCGUACCCAACGUCUCUUCGACCACCCAGGACCGAGCACCCUUGGGUGGAUUUUGCAACCAUGCAAGCCUUGGAGUUUGGAUUUAUGACUCCGGGACGGUGGUUUGUAAUUGCGCAACACAACACCCCUGACCUCUUGAUACAAGCAAGCAGGGUCUUGUGUGCCAGCGAUCGUCUGUUUACAAAAACUUCCUGUUCGGGCUGUUCCUGUUUGUUCAUAUCUACUCAUAGGGCCACGAGAGAACCCUGUUGCUACAGGGUUCUCUUUUUUCAUGCAGAUCAUAGGGCUUCCCCUCAUUGCCAGGUCUUGUACUUGGUGGCAUCUCCCUCCUAUACAAGUGUUUCCGUCAGAGAGGUCAUUUCGUGA